AUGGCAGAUCUACCCAAGGAUCGAAUCGACGGCUAUCGGGUCUUUGGAGUGACUGGAGUCGACUUUUGCGGACCCUUCUUUUACAAGCCUGAGGCACGAAACAAGGCGCCUGUGAAAUGCUACGUUUGUGUGUUUAUUUGUUUUGCUACGAAGGCUAUAUGGUUGGAGUUAGUCAAGGAUUUAACUACCGCGGCAUUUUUGCAUGCACUUCAACGUUUCAUAUGCACCAGAGGAAAGCCAAGUCAAAUCUGGUCGGAUAACGCCACAAACUUUCUUGGUGCCCGCAACCAGCUUCAGGAGUUGAAGCGUCUAUUUCUGUCAGACAACCACCAGUAG